AUGUCGACGCAGCGCCUGCGCGUCGCCGCGGCGGCCGCGGCCGGCGCGGCGGCGACCUACGCGCUGGCGCGGUUCCUGCGCUGGUACGACUCCGACGACGCCUGGCUGGCGCUGGCCAAUCGCAUCCGGGCGUCGCUGCCGCCGCCGUCGCAGUCGUCGUUCCGCGUCGUCGCCGUCGUGACGCUCGUCGGCGGGGGCCACGUCGUGGGCACGAACAUCGAGGCGCACACGCUGCGCAACAGCGUCUGCGCGGAGCGCACCGCCUUCGGGGCGCUCCAGCUCGUCGCCGCGCGGUCGCGGGCGCCGACGGAGGUCGCCUGCGUCUACAUCGUCUGCGACGCGUCGCGGCCCAUCACGCCGGGUUUGCUCUGCCGCGAGUUCAUGUACUCGUCGCCCUUCUGCGAGCCGGCCACGCGCGUCGUCACGGCGUCGCCGGGCCUCCGCGUGAGGAUCGAGACGAGCCUCGCGGAGCUGCUUCCGCGCGCGUCGCCCUACGCGCGGCUCAACGCGCGGGAGCAGAAGGAGUGGGCCCUGUCGCGCACGCUCGAGGUGCCGACGGGCGGCCCGGCGCGGCGGGCCUACGACGCCGCGCUCGGAGCGGCGAAGGGCGACGGCCGCGACGACCUGCACCCCGUGCGCUACGGCGCGGCGGUCGUCUUUUGCGACGGGAGCGUCGCGACGGCGCGCCAGUUCAAGGCCCUCGAGUACGGCUGCACGCUCGACCCCGUCGGCCAGCUCGCGACGGCCGUCGCGGACCGCGACGCGGCUCCGGCGGCGCUCGCGCUCGUGGACCAGCUGGGCGUGGCCCACGCGCCUUUCGCCGCGGGCCGCGCCUUCCUCUGCGAGCACGGCCACGGAGACGUCGAGGUCGUCUUCCACGACGACCGGGGGGCCAUCGGCACCUGCCCAGCAUCGGACCUCGCGCCCGCGCCGCCGGAGUUCGAGGCCGCGGACUUCGUCGCGAAGUAA